UUGCGCGAAUGCAUUUUGUAAAAAGGUAUAUUGACGCCGCUGAUAGAGGCAGUAGUGAAGGAAAGCGGGAGUAGCAGAAAUGAUGAGGAAGGCAGUAGCGAGAGCAAGGCCGUGCAGGUGGGACAUGACAUGGCACCUAGGAGGAGUGCAAGUUGCUGCAGCAUGGGGAAAAUUGUGGCGGGAAGGUGUGGAAAAAUGGGGCGCCGCGCUGGUCUGUGCGUCACUGUUUUGUGUCGGAGACGGUCGUGGCCAAAUGCGGGCAAGGAGGGAGUGGCACGUUUCCGUGCAGCUGUGGGCUGGAUCGUGCAAAAUUAAAGCAGUCCGGCCACCGCACGGAGGUCGUGAUUCUCGUGGCAGAGGUGGCAGGGCCACGAACGCGGUGUGGCUGUAGGUAAAUGACCCUAAUGACGGGAGUGCUGGUGCUGCUGCUGGAAAGGCUAUAAGUGGCAGAUGUCGUGAGCCGUUUUUGCCUUCUAGACGAUGGUAGUGAGUCUGCUGCUGCACUGGAGCGAGCUGCGUGACGAAAUACCGAAUUAGAGCUUCACAGAGGCUUUAUACGUGCUGCUGCACAGACGGAGUGAACGAGAAACUAACUACCAAAUUAGAGCCUCAGAGGGGCUUUAUACCCUGGAUUUGCCUCUAUCGGUGUGUGCCUCUAUCGGUGUGUGCCUCUAUCGGUGCGUGCGCCUAUUCCUUGAGCAGGGAAUGUGUGACUCCAGCGGGCCCAGCGGACAGACUCCAUCCACACGGCGCGGCGGAGCAGCGCACGCGGCUGCUGCAGGCGACGGCGCGGCUGGCAGAGUCGUCGGAGCGCGUGGCGGAGAGCCGGCGCAGCAUGGUGCAGACGGAGCAGCUGGGCGUGUCCAUCCUCCACGACCUGCACCAGCAGCGCCAGUCGCUGCUCCGGGCCGGCGACACGCUGGAGGACGUGGACCAGCAGAUGAGUCGCAGCCGGCGUGUGCUGGCGGGCAUGGCGUACAAGCUGCACCGCAACAAGUGGAUCACGGCGCUCAUCCUCACGGCUCUGCUGCUCGCCAUCGCCGCCAUCAUCUACCUCCGCCUGCACCACUAGCGGCUCUGCUGUGGGAGCGGCCUUGGGAACGCGCGCAUGGAAUCCUCGUUGUGCACUUGUUGCUUCCCUCUAUGCUUGGACUUGCCGCAUCAUCAUUAUCUAGCAGAGUACUACUACAACCGUAUUCUACCUAUCGCUACAAAAUAGCUUUUUUUUUGCUCGACUGCUACUCUCUCAGAACGUUGUGGUCCUAUUGUUGAACAGUGGUUGGAUGGCUGCGGCAUUGUUGCUAUUUCAA